CGAACUGAACUUCGUGAACAAGGGCCCGCCUCGGGAACUUGUUUCAGUGGGCGCUGGGGUGCACCAUUAACUAGAGGUACGCGCGGGCCGGGCCGGGCUGGAGGGCUGCGGGCGCGCAGAGACGCGGGCACCUCCUCACCCGGACCCCGGCCGCGCCGCGCCUCCUCGCUCUCCAGUGGCAGCUAGCCUACCCCGGCCGUCCCAAUCGUACGGGUCGGCGGGCUGCGAGGUGGCACUGCGCCCCUCUCCGCCCAGCGCGCCUUAGUCCUCUGCACCGAGCCUGGCAGCUCGCUCCUGGGCGACCUUGCCGCCUCGAGCCCAGGAGGGCCGAAGCCAUGAAUGAAAUGUCCAGCUUUCUUCACAUCGGGGACAUUGUGUCCCUGUACGCCGAGGGCUCCGUCAAUGGCUUCAUCAGCACUUUGGGGCUGGUGGAUGACCGUUGUGUGGUGGAGCCUGCAGCCGGGGACCUGGACAACCCCCCCAAGAAGUUCCGAGACUGCCUCUUCAAAGUGUGCCCCAUGAACCGCUACUCUGCACAGAAACAGUACUGGAAAGCCAAGCAGACUAAACAGGACAAAGAGAAGAUCGCCGACGUGGUGUUGCUGCAGAAGCUGCAGCACGCAGCCCAGAUGGAGCAGAAGCAAAACGACACAGAGAACAAGAAGGUGCACGGGGACGUGGUGAAGUACGGCAGCGUGAUCCAGCUUCUGCACAUGAAGAGCAACAAAUACUUGACGGUGAACAAGCGGCUGCCGGCCCUGCUGGAGAAGAACGCCAUGCGGGUGACGCUGGACGCCACGGGCAACGAGGGCUCCUGGCUCUUCAUCCAGCCCUUCUGGAAGCUUCGGAGCAACGGAGAUAAUGUGGUCGUGGGGGACAAGGUGGUCCUGAAUCCUGUCAAUGCCGGGCAGCCCUUACACGCCAGCAACUAUGAGCUUAGUGAUAAUGCAGGCUGCAAGGAGGUCAACUCUGUCAACUGCAACACCAGCUGGAAGAUCAAUUUAUUCAUGCAGUUCCGAGACCACCUGGAGGAGGUGCUGAAGGGGGGAGACGUGGUGCGGCUGUUCCACGCAGAGCAGGAGAAGUUCCUGACCUGUGACGAGUACAGGGGCAAGCUGCAGGUGUUCCUGCGGACCACGCUCCGGCAGUCCGCCACCUCGGCCACCAGCUCCAACGCGCUCUGGGAGGUGGAGGUGGUCCACCACGACCCCUGCCGCGGGGGAGCCGGACACUGGAACGGCCUGUACAGGUUCAAGCACCUGGCCACGGGCAACUAUCUGGCUGCUGAGGAAAACCCCAGCUACAAGGGUGACGUCUCGGAUCCUAAGGCAGCAGGACCGGGGGCCCAGAGCCGCACAGGCCGCAGGAACGCAGGCGAGAAGAUCAAGUACCGUCUGGUGGCUGUCCCACACGGGAAUGACAUCGCAUCUCUCUUCGAGCUGGACCCCACCACGCUGCAGAAAACCGACUCCUUCGUGCCCCGGAACUCGUACGUGCGCCUGCGGCACCUCUGUACCAACACCUGGAUCCAGAGUACCAACGCGCCCAUCGACGUGGAGGAGGAGCGGCCCAUCCGGCUCAUGCUGGGCACGUGCCCCACCAAGGAGGACAAGGAGGCCUUUGCCAUUGUGUCGGUCCCCGUGUCAGAGAUCCGUGACCUGGACUUUGCCAACGAUGCCAGCACCAUGCUGGCCAGCGCUGUGGAGAAACUCAAUGAGGGCUUCAUCAGCCAGAAUGACCGCAGGUUUGUCAUCCAGCUGUUGGAGGAUUUGGUGUUUUUUGUCAGCGAUGUUCCCAAUAAUGGGCAGAAUGUCUUGGACAUCAUGGUCACCAAGCCCAACAGAGAGCGGCAGAAGCUGAUGCGGGAGCAGAACAUACUGAAGCAGAUCUUUGGCAUCCUGAAGGCUCCAUUCCGUGACAAGGGGGGUGAAGGACCACUGGUGCGGCUGGAGGAACUGUCUGACCAGAAGAACGCCCCCUACCAGUACAUGUUCCGCCUCUGCUACCGGGUGCUGCGGCACUCUCAGGAGGAUUACCGCAAGAACCAGGAGCACAUAGCCAAGCAGUUUGGGAUGAUGCAGUCCCAGAUUGGCUACGACAUCCUGGCUGAAGACACCAUCACUGCCCUGCUGCACAACAACCGGAAGCUGCUGGAGAAGCACAUCACCAAGACGGAGGUGGAGACCUUUGUCAGCCUCGUGCGCAAGAACAGGGAGCCCAGAUUCCUGGACUACCUCUCCGACCUGUGUGUGUCCAACCGCAUCGCCAUCCCUGUUACCCAAGAGCUGAUUUGCAAAUGCGUGCUGGACCCUAAGAACAGUGACAUUCUUAUCCAGACCGAGCUGCGGCCGGUGAAGGAGAUGGCUCAGUCUCACGAGUACCUCAGCAUCGAGUACUCAGAGGAGGAGGUGUGGCUCACGUGGACGGACAGGAACAAUGAGCAUCAGGAGAAGAGUGUGAGGCAGCUGGCCCAGGAGGCGAGGGCUGGCAACGCGCACGACGAGAACGUGCUCAGCUACUACAGGUACCAGCUGAAGCUGUUUGCCCGCAUGUGCCUGGACCGCCAGUACCUGGCGAUCGACGAGAUCUCCAAGCAGCUGGGCGUCGAGCUGCUUUUCCUGUGCAUGGCGGACGAGAUGCUGCCCUUUGACCUCCGUGCCUCGUUCUGCCAUCUGAUGCUACAUGUGCAUGUGGACCGCGACCCCCAGGAGCUGGUGACCCCCGUCAAGUUCGCCCGCCUCUGGACAGAAAUCCCCACGGCUAUCACCAUCAAAGACUAUGAUUCCAAUCUCAACGCCUCCCGAGAUGACAAGAAAAACAAGUUUGCCAGCACCAUGGAGUUCGUGGAAGAUUACCUUAACAACGUGGUCAGCGAGGCUGUGCCCUUCGCCAACGAUGAGAAGAACAUACUCACCUUUGAGGUGGUCAGCCUGGCGCACAAUCUCAUCUACUUCGGGUUCUACAGCUUCAGCGAGCUGCUGCGGCUCACGCGCACACUGCUGGGCAUCAUUGACUGCAUCCAGGCACCUGCAGCCAUGCUGCAGGCCUACGAGGAGCCUGGCGGCAAGAAUGUGCGGAGGUCUAUCCAGGGGGUGGGGCACAUGAUGUCCACCAUGGUGCUGAGCCGCAAGCAGUCUGUAUUUGGUACCUCCAGCCUGCCUGCUGGAGUGGGUGUCCCCGAGCAGCUGGACAGAAGCAAAUUUGAGGACAAUGAACACACCGUGGUGAUGGAGACCAAGCUGAAGAUCCUGGAGAUCCUGCAGUUCAUCCUGAACGUGCGCCUAGACUACCGCAUCUCCUACCUGUUGUCGGUCUUCAAGAAGGAGUUUGUGGAGGUGUUUCCUAUGCAGGACAGCGGGGCGGACGGCACAGCACCUGCCUUCGAUUCCUCCACUGCCAACAUGAACCUGGACCGCAUCGGGGAGCAGGCAGAGGCCAUGUUUGGAGUAGGGAAGACCAACAGCAUGCUGGAAGUGGAUGACGAGGGCGGCCGCAUGUUCCUGCGAGUGCUGCUGCACCUGACCAUGCACGACUACCCACCUCUGGUCUCCGGCGCCCUGCAGCUGCUCUUCAAACACUUCAGCCAGCGCCAGGAGGCCAUGCACACUUUCAAGCAGGUCCAGCUGCUCAUCUCAGCCCAGGACGUGGAGAACUACAAGGUAAUCAAGUCAGAGCUGGACCGACUGCGAACGAUGGUGGAGAAGUCGGAGCUGUGGGUGGACAAGAAAGGCAGCAUCAAGGGCGAGGAGGGCGAGGCGGGCAGCAAGGAGAAAAAGGAGCGGCCCUCGGACGAGGAGGGAUUUCUGCAGCCGCAUGGGGAGAAAAGCAGCGAGAAUUACCAGAUUGUCAAAGGCAUCCUGGAGAGGCUGAACAAGAUGUGUGGGGUCGGGGAGCAGAUGCGGAAGAAGCAACAGCGGCUGCUGAAGAACAUGGACGCCCACAAGGUCAUGCUGGACCUGCUGCAGAUCCCCUACGACAAGGGUGACAACAAGAUGCUGGAGAUCCUGCGCUACACACACCAGUUCCUGCAGAAGUUCUGUGCUGGGAACCCCGGCAACCAGGCUCUACUGCACAAGCACCUGCAACUCUUCCUCACGCCUGGGCUCCUGGAGGCUGAGACCAUGCAGCACAUUUUCCUCAACAACUACCAGCUGUGCUCCGAGAUCAGCGAGCCAGUGCUGCAGCACUUUGUGCACCUGCUGGCCACGCAUGGGCGCCACGUGCAGUACCUGGACUUCCUGCACACCGUCAUCAAGGCUGAGGGCAAGUACGUGAAGAAGUGCCAGGACAUGAUCAUGACCGAGCUGACCAAUGCAGGUGACGACGUGGUGGUGUUCUACAAUGACAAGGCCUCCCUGGCCCAUCUGCUGGACAUGAUGAAGGCAGCCCGAGAUGGCGUGGAGGACCACAGCCCGCUCAUGUACCACAUCUCCCUGGUGGACUUGCUAGCAGCCUGUGCGGAGGGCAAGAAUGUCUACACAGAGAUCAAGUGCACGUCCCUGCUGCCUCUAGAGGACGUGGUGUCUGUGGUCACCCACGAGGACUGCAUCACGGAGGUUAAAAUGGCGUAUGUGAACUUUGUGAACCAUUGCUACGUAGAUACGGAGGUGGAAAUGAAGGAGAUCUACACCAGCAACCACAUCUGGACGCUCUUUGAGAACUUCACCCUAGACAUGGCUCUGGUCUGUAACAAGCGGGAGAAGCGCCUGUCGGACCCCACCCUUGAGAAGUACGUGCUCACCGUGGUGCUGGACACCAUCAGUGCCUUCUUCAGCUCCCCGUUUUCAGAGAACAGCACGUCCCUACAGACGCAUCAGACGAUUGUGGUCCAGCUGCUGCAGUCCACCACACGGCUGCUCGAGUGUCCUUGGCUGCAGCAGCAGCACAAGGGCUCCGUGGAGGCCUGUGUCCGCACCCUCGCCAUGGUGGCCAAGAGUCGAGCCAUCUUGCUGCCGAUGGACCUGGAUGCCCACAUGAGCGCUCUGCUCAGCAGUGGGGGCAGCUGCUCAGCCGCCGCCCAGCGCAGCGCUGCCAACUACAAGACGGCCACCAGGACCUUCCCCCGGGUCAUCCCCACCGCCAACCAGUGGGACUACAAGAACAUCAUUGAGAAGUUACAGGACAUCAUCACGGCCCUGGAAGAGCGGCUGAAGCCUCUGGUGCAGGCUGAGCUCUCGGUGCUGGUGGACAUGCUGCACUGGCCCGAGCUGCUCUUUCUCGAGGGCAGUGAGGCCUACCAGCGCUGUGAGAGCGGGGGCUUCCUGUCCAAGCUCAUCCGGCACACCAAAGGUCUCAUGGAGUCCGAGGAGAAGCUGUGCGUGAAGGUGCUGCGGACGCUGCAGCAGAUGCUGCUGAAGAAGAGCAAGUACGGGGACCGGGGCAACCAGCUUCGGAAGAUGCUGCUGCAGAAUUACCUCCAGAACCGAAAGUCCGGCCCCCGGGGCGAGCUCACCGACCCCACAGGCUCUGGCCUGGAUCAGGACUGGUCCGCCAUCGCAGCCACACAGUGCCGGCUGGACAAGGAGGGGGCCACCAAGUUGGUGUGUGAUCUCAUCACCAGCACCAAGAACGAGAAGAUCUUCCAGGAGAGCAUCGGCCUGGCCAUCCGUCUGCUGGACGGGGGCAACACUGAGAUCCAGAAGUCUUUCUACAACCUGAUGACGAGUGACAAGAAGUCAGAGCGCUUCUUCAAGGUGCUGCAUGACCGCAUGAAGCGCGCGCAGCAGGAGACCAAGUCCACAGUGGCUGUCAACAUGAAUGACCUGGGCAGCCAGCCUCGAGAGGACCGCGAGCCGGCAGAGCCUGCCACCAAAGGCCGUGUGUCCUCCUUCUCCAUGCCCAGCUCCUCCCGUUAUUCGCUGGGCCCCGGCUUGCACCGGGGGCACGACGUGGGCGAGCGGGCGCAGAACAACGAGAUGGGGACCUCGGUGCUCAUCAUGCGCCCCAUCCUGCGCUUCCUGCAGCUGCUGUGUGAGAACCACAACCGUGACCUGCAGAACUUCCUGCGCUGUCAGAACAACAAGACCAACUACAACCUGGUGUGUGAGACCCUGCAGUUCCUGGACAUCAUGUGCGGCAGCACCACGGGGGGCCUGGGGCUCCUGGGGCUCUACAUCAACGAGGACAAUGUGGGCCUGGUCAUCCAGACCUUGGAGACCCUCACGGAGUACUGCCAGGGCCCGUGCCACGAGAACCAGACCUGCAUCGUGACUCACGAGUCCAACGGCAUUGACAUUAUCACGGCGCUGAUCCUCAACGACAUCAGCCCGCUUUGCAAGUACCGCAUGGAUCUGGUGCUGCAGCUCAAGGACAAUGCCUCCAAGCUGCUCCUGGCCCUGAUGGAGAGUCGCCACGACAGCGAGAACGCAGAGCGCAUCCUCAUCAGCCUUCGGCCUCAGGAGCUGGUGGACGUGAUCAAGAAGGCCUACCUGCAGGAGGAGGAGAGGGAGAAUUCAGAGGUGAGCCCACGAGAAGUGGGCCACAACAUCUACAUCCUGGCGCUGCAGCUUUCCAGACACAACAAGCAGCUGCAGCACCUGCUGAAGCCAGUGAAGCGCAUCCAGGAGGAGGAGGCCGAGGGCAUCUCUUCCAUGCUCAGCCUCAACAACAAGCAGUUGUCCCAGAUGCUCAAGUCCUCGGCCCCUGCCCAGGAGGAGGAGGAGGACCCGCUGGCAUACUAUGAGAACCACACCUCGCAGAUUGAGAUUGUGCGGCAAGACCGAAGCAUGGAGCAGAUUGUGUUCCCGGUGCCUGCCAUCUGCCAGUUCCUGACAGAGGAGACCAAGCACCGGCUCUUCACCACCACGGAGCAGGACGAGCAGGGCAGCAAAGUGAGCGACUUCUUCGACCAGUCCUCCUUCCUGCACAACGAGAUGGAGUGGCAGCGCCGGCUUCGCAGCAUGCCGCUCAUCUACUGGUUCUCCCGCCGCAUGACGCUGUGGGGCAGCAUCUCCUUCAACCUGGCGGUGUUCAUCAACAUCAUCAUUGCCUUCUUCUACCCCUACGUGGAGGGCGCAUCCACAGGCGUGCUGGGCUCCCCUCUCAUCUCCCUGCUCUUCUGGAUCCUCAUCUGCUUCUCCAUCGCCGCACUGUUCACCAAGCGCUACAGCGUCCGUCCCCUCAUCGUGGCGCUGAUCCUUCGGUCCAUCUACUACCUGGGCAUUGGGCCCACGCUCAACAUCCUGGGUGCUCUCAAUCUGACCAACAAGAUCGUGUUUGUGGUGAGCUUCGUGGGCAACCGUGGCACCUUCAUCCGUGGCUACAAGGCCAUGGUCAUGGACAUGGAGUUCCUGUACCACGUGGGCUACAUCCUGACAAGUGUCCUGGGCCUCUUUGCACACGAGCUCUUCUACAGCAUCCUGCUUUUUGACCUCAUCUACCGUGAGGAGACACUAUUUAAUGUCAUCAAGAGUGUGACCCGCAACGGCCGCUCCAUCCUGCUCACCGCCCUGCUGGCCCUCAUCCUAGUCUACCUCUUCUCCAUCGUGGGCUUCCUCUUCCUCAAGGACGACUUCAUCCUGGAGGUGGACCGGCUGCCUGGGAACCACUCCAGAGCCAGCACCCUGGGGAUGCCACACGGAGCUGCCACAUUUAUGGGCACAUGUAGUGGGGACAACAUAGAUUGUGUCUCUGAGGUCUCUGUGCCUGAGAUCCUAGAAGAGGAUGAGGAGCCGGACAGCACAGAGCGGGCCUGUGACACUCUACUUAUGUGUAUCGUCACUGUCAUGAACCACGGACUGCGGAACGGUGGUGGAGUGGGCGACAUCCUCCGCAAGCCCUCCAAAGAUGAGGCGCUCUUCCCAGCCAGGGUGGUGUAUGACCUCCUGUUCUUCUUCAUCGUCAUCAUCAUCGUUCUGAACCUUAUCUUUGGGGUGAUCAUCGACACCUUCGCCGACUUGCGCAGCGAGAAGCAGAAGAAAGAGGAAAUCCUCAAGACCACGUGCUUCAUCUGUGGUCUGGAGAGGGACAAGUUUGACAACAAGACAGUGUCCUUCGAGGAGCACAUCAAACUGGAGCACAACAUGUGGAACUACCUGUACUUCAUCGUGCUGGUCCGAGUCAAGAACAAGACGGACUACACGGGCCCCGAGAGCUACGUGGCUCAGAUGAUCAAGAACAAGAACCUGGACUGGUUCCCACGGAUGCGCGCCAUGUCCCUGGUGAGCGGUGAGGGCGAGGGCGAGCAGAACGAGAUCCGCAUCCUGCAGGAGAAGCUCGGCUCCACCAUGAAGCUGGUGUCGCACCUCACAGCCCAGCUUAAUGAGCUCAAGGAGCAGAUGACGGAGCAGCGGAAACGGAGGCAACGCCUGGGCUUCGUGGAUGUGCAGAACUGCGUGAGCCGCUGAGCAGAGCCACUGAGACCCACAGAGGGCCGCUGCCAGCAGCACUGCCCUUCCUUCAGGUCAGGCUGGCCCAUCGCCCUCUGGAAGCCAGGUGCCCACCCCACCUCAGCUGGCAAUCCUCCUCCCCAGGCCAGGCUCUGGCCGGCAGGAGUGCUGCAAAGCAGUCCUGCUUAGUACCCUUGAAGAGACUCGGUUUACCUUAGUGCCUUAGAGGAUGCUAGGUCCUCCGGACUGCUGUCCCUUGAAGCAGUGACUGACAUUGCUCAGUGGUCCUCACAGGUGGUUACAGGGCUGCCUCUCCCUCCAAGCACUACACGGGGCUGUCCUCUGCCCGCCACCCGACCCGCCCACCUGCCUGACUCAGCUCACUCAGCCUGCUGUUAGGGCUUUGAUACUAACUUAUUCCCAGGGGCCAUCCCACCCUCCUGUGCCUGCAGUCCCCAGUGCCUGUGCCUGCUGGGGACAGUGUGGCCCUGUCCCAGUCCCCUCAUGACUCAGGGUGGACCUCGCUCCCAGGACUGCUCUCUCCCAGGCUUUGGAGGCAAGCCUCACAAGCCAAGGGGCAGGACUGGGCUGUGUGAACGUGGCUUUUGACAGCUUCUCUUCUUUUUGGUGUAAUGUUUUACAUGUCCUGUGUCCUAGGGACUAAUGUGUUAAUUGCCUUAAAUAAAUUAAUAGUCUCUGUA